GAGGUGGCCGAUUUUAGAAGAAACGCUUGUUUUGAUUGGCUGUUUGGAAAGUCACUGAGGCUCGCCAUUGGGUGGCAUAUUUCUGUAGGUAGUUACAUCAAAGAUAUGUACGAAGUACUUAACUGAUGAUAACGUCGAUAGUAUAUGACUUCGAGUGAUUUUAGUCUUUAGUGAAAAACUACAUAAGUCCGUCCCGUAAAGCAUUAACAGUGAUUUUUCUACAUGGCGCAAAUGAUGAAUUAACAAAAUUGCGUCCUUUUUCUGAUUCGGAGUGUUUGUGCAAUUGCCAAAAAUGGUGGAUUGUAGCAAAAAACGGAUAGCUAUAGUAGCAUUAGUUGUGAUAGUUUUAGCAGCACUUAUAGCACCUAUAGCGUAUUUCGUGACGAGAGAGGACAAACGAAAAACCGACAAGACGCCAUCUGUCGUUACUCCUGCUAUAGCAGGUGAACCACAACGGCUGUCGGACAGGAUCAACUGCAUUCCGGAGAGUGAAGGAAACGUUGUCAAGAUAACAAAAGAUCUGUGCGAAGAUAGGAACUGUGAAUUUAUUCCUGCAACUACAACCUUGAAUGCUGCCUGUGUAUUCCCAGUUCGGAAGGAGUCCGGGUUUUCCGUAGUUGGAAAUGAAAUUCCCACAAGUAUGGGAUGGAAGGUCUACCUCCAACAGAAAGGAUUACCUGCAUUCAACAGUACUCCAUUUAAAAGACCGUACUUUGAGGUUCAGAUGCCUGACGAAAAUCUCAUUCGAUUCAAGUUUGAUGACGAAGGCGAGAACAGAUUCCAUGUCCCGAUUAAUCUUCAAAUGGAAGGUCAAAAGACAAACAAGAUGGCGUACGAACUGACGAUAACAGACAGAGAAAACUUCGCCUUCCGGAUCACCCGGAAGUCGUCGGGAGCUGUUUUAUUUGACACAUCUGUUGGAGGACUGUCUCUAUUGGAUCAGUUUCUACAGCUCUCCACAGUAUUGCCCUCGGAGAACGUGUACGGAUUCGGAGAAAAUAUCCACGAGUCUUUCCGUCACGACCUCAAUUUUCGUUCGUGGCCGAUGUUCUCCCGGGAUCAGCCGCCAUUCCACAAGAAAAAUUCGAACUUAUAUGGUGUCCAUCCUUUUUAUACGUGUGUUGAACCAGAUGGCAAUGCGCACGGAGUUCUACUUCUCAACAGUAAUGCGCAAGAUUACUCAUUUACACCUCACCCAAUGCUAACUUACCGGACGAUAGGAGGCGUCCUGGACUUCUACAUGUUUCUGGGACCCUCCCCCGAGAACGUCAUCCAGCAAUAUACCCAUGCAGUUGGAAGACCUUUCAUGCCGCCAUACUGGUCUUUAGGAUUCCAGCUUUGUCGCUAUGGCUACAAUAGUUUAGAGAAUUUGAUGGCUGCUGUCAAUAGAACACGUGACUAUGGUAUUCCUCAUGAUGUACAAUACGCCGAUAUUGACCACAUGAAUAAUUCCAAGGAUUUCACGGUCAACCAUGUGGAUUUCGCUGGUUUGAAUGAUUCAUUUACUGCUCUCAGAAAAGGUGGAAUGAGAACGGUUAUUAUGCUGGACCCGUGUUUUGUCAGCAAUGUGAGUGGCUAUGAACCUUACGACCGUCUUACUCAGAUCAGAGGGGGAGUGAUGUGGCAUGGUGGCGUAGAGAACGACACCAAGGACACUACUGGAGCAAUCCUCGGUUAUGUUUGGCCGAACGGAAAAGUUGUAUUUCCAGAUUUUUUUAAGAAUUCGACCCGAAAUCUGUGGAAAAAUCUUGUGUUGGAACACAGAAAACGUCUGAUUUUCGACGGUUUGUGGAUUGACAUGAACGAACCGGCAAAUUUUGGUACAAACCAAGAUAGACCUUUCAACUGGAAUGAAAAUGUCAAGCCAUACUGGUCAUUGAAAUGUCCCAGGAGUAAAUAUGAUGAUCCGCCGUAUCGAACAAUGGCCGCUUAUGUUCAUGACGGUGAUGAUUAUAAGGACGCGGCAGCACGUUUAUCAAACAAGACGAUUUGUAUGGUGGCCACGCAGGGCAAUAACGACGAGCUUCUUCACUACAAUGUCCAUAGUUUGUAUGGGCGGAUUCAGUCCCCGCCGACAAUCAGCGCGUUGAGGGAGGCUAGUGGGGAACGUAGCAUGGUCCUUUCCCGAAACACAUUUCCCGGAAGUGGCAAGUAUGUUGGGCACUGGCUAGGGGACAAUGACAGCGCAUGGCCGGGCUUGGCGUCAUCAAUCAUCGGUAUGCUGGAGUUCAAUUUGUUUGGGAUUCCUUAUAUAGGAGCAGACAUUUGCGGAUUCUUCGGUGAUACUACGGUUGAGUUAUGUAAACGUUGGAUGCAGCUUGGUGCGUUUUAUCCCUUCUCCAGGAAUUACAAUACUCUUGAUUCUACUGUGGAACAAGAUCCAGGUGCAUUAGGGGAGGACGUUGCCAGGGCGUCACGUGAUGCCCUAGAGACACGCUACUGGCUCCUUCCAUACCUUUACACAUUAUUCCACAACGCGCAUGUGCAUGGCAACACAGUCGUCAGACCUAUGCAUCAUGAAUUUCCGUUGGAUGAUGUAGCUCUCGGAAUUGACCGGCAGUUCUUGUGGGGAAGAUCUCUCCUCAUCUCUCCCAUCUUGGAACAGGGACAGACCAAACUGGUGUAUUAUGUACCGGAAGGCCGUUGGUACGACUUUUACAAGCCCGGGAGCUUUGUGGAAGGACCAAAAAUGAACGAAAUGUCUGUGGACGGCAAUUCUCCGAUAUCUCUGCAUGUUCGUGGAGGAAGUAUCCUCCCAAUGCAGGAACCAGCAAGAAACACCACAUACAGUCGAAAGAACGCGAUGAAGUUACUAGUAGCCCUAGACAAACCCGACCUAGAAGGAGGGUCGGCCGAAGGAGAGCUGUUCUGGGAUGACGGGACUUCCAUUGAUACGUUUGAAAAUGGAAAAUACAUCUUGAUGAAGUUCCUUGCUGAAGAUCAAAUCCUGUCGAUGACCGUUGUUGGGGGUUCACCUGAGUUGGCAAACGACCUGGUCCUGACCACUGUUCAUGUCUAUGGUGUGUCGACCAACGUUCAUGACAUCCACAUCAUAACGUCUAACGAAUACCACACCAACUUUACGUACGACUCCGAAAACCAGGUUCUGAUUGUACGAAAUCUAAACCUGUCGCUCAACACGACAUUCCAGUUUCAUUGGAUUGAUGGUAAUCAAAGGAUUGAUUGCUAUCCGGAACGUCUCGGUGGCCAAAUUGAUGUAACGGAAAAGACGUGUUCCGAACGUAAUUGUCUGUUCCACCCAACUGACGACAAUGCCCCAGAUUGCUACUUUCCACCAGAUUAUGGUUUUAUAGCAGGGAACGAAAUUCAAACAGAAACAGGCUGGGCGGUUAACCUGCGUGGAAGGGGAAAGCACCCUUUCCUAAAAGCUAUUGAUAUCAUUACGUUCGCUGUUGAAAUGUUGGAUAACGCCAUGUUGAAAUUUAAGAUAUAUGAUCCAAGAAAGUCUCGGUACGAAGUUCCAUUAAAAAUGAAUAUUCCUUCUCCAACACGACGGCCUGCAGAUCCACGCUAUGAUAUCAUCGUGACCAACAAGAAUCCUUUCCAUUUUCAAGUGAUAAGGAAAAGCACAGGGGACAGUUUUGUAAGUAACUCAUCUUCAUUAUGGGACACGAGUGUAGGCGGUCUGACGUUUGAGGACCAGUUCCUUCAGAUCGCGACUAGGCUUCCAUCUCGGAACGUUUAUGGAUUCGGAGAAAACGUGCACACGUCCCUUAAACAUGACAUGAACUGGACCAUGUGGCCGAUGUUCGCCAGGGACCAACCUCCAGGCUCAGGCAAAAAUCCAAGGGAUCCAAAGAAUCUGUAUGGCGUUCAUCCGUUUUACACGUGUAUGGAGGAGGAUGGUCACUCCCACGGAGUCCUGCUUCUCAACAGUAACUCCCAAGACUACGCUUUUACGCCGUUACCGAUGCUGAUUUAUAGGACCAUUGGUGGAAUACUGGAUUUCUACAUGUUUCUGGGACCGGAACCGGAAACUGUUAUUCAGCAAUACACAGGGGUAAUAGGCAGACCAAUGAUGCCGCCAUAUUGGGCCUUAGGAUUUCAGCUGUGUCGCUAUGGGUACGAAAACAUCUCAAAUCUACAGGCUGCUGUGGAAAGAACGCUGUCUGCAAAGAUUCCAUUUGAUGUACAAUAUGCCGAUAUAGAUCAUAUGGACGAACAGAAAGACUUCACAAUAGAUCAGGAAAAUUUCAGUGGAUUGCAGGAAUACUUCAGCGAGCUUCGCGAUAAAGGCAUGAGAACCAUUAUAAUAUUGGAUCCGUGUCUGUUGGCUAAUAAGACGUAUGAACCGUACCAGAAGAUGAGCAAUCAAGACGGACUCGUCACAUGGCCGGCGAAUUAUGCUGUGCCAAAUGACAGCUCGGACGGAAAUGGAGCGCUUCUUGGCUAUGUUUGGCCAAAUGGAAAAGUAGUUUUUCCUGACUUCUUCAAGACGAGGACACAAGACGUAUGGAUAAGUCUCAUCACCAAUCACUCGCAGGAACUUCCUUUUGAUGGAUUAUGGAUCGAUAUGAAUGAGCCGGCAAAUUUUGGUACCAACGAGGAGCGUCCGUGGAAUUGGCCAGCCAAUACUACUGAUUGGAGCUUAAAGUGUAAAGAAGGUGACCCAUAUGAGGAUCCCCCGUAUAGAUCAAUGGCUGCUUUUCAGUCCGACGAUAGUAAAAAUCUUCAUCGAAUAUCGGAGAAGACGAUUUGCAUGGUUGCCAGACAAGGUGAAAAUGACAUUUAUCGUCAUUACGAUGUGCAUAAUUUGUAUGGCUGGAGUCAAUCCAAACCAACACUUGACGGUCUCCAAAGGGCACACAGUGGCAAACGGGGUGUAGUUAUCUCUAGAUCAACCUUUCCAGGCAGUGGACAAUAUGUUGGACACUGGCUAGGGGAUAACUCGGCUGACUGGGAUCAUUUAAGACUAUCUGUCAUUGGUAUCAUUGAAUUCAAUUUGUUUGGGAUACCGUACAUUGGAGCAGACAUAUGCGGGUUCUUUGGAAAACCGUCAGCGGAGUUGUGCAAGAGAUGGAUGCAACUUGGCGCAUUCUACACUUUCAGCAGAAACCAUAACACUAAAGGGCCGCCAGACCAGGAUCCUGCAGUUUUUGACGAAAGUGUUACUAAAGCUUCCCGUGAAGCUAUGGAGACAAGAUACUGGCUUCUUCCAUACCUGUAUACUCUUUUUCACCAUGCCCAUGUACUGGGCAACACUGUUAUCCGACCACUCCAUCACGAAUUUCCCUCAGAUCGAGCAACUUACGGUAUUGACAGACAGUUUCUAUGGGGACCUGCCCUGCUAAUAUCGCCUAUAUUAGAGGAGGGCCAGGACGAGGUAAGGGCAUACUUACCACGUGGGACAUGGUACGAUUUUUACUCAGGGAAGCAUUAUGGAGACCAAUAUCUUCCUGUUCCGGUUGAUCAAGAUUCAAAGAUUCCCUUACAUAUCCGAGGAGGGUAUGUGAUCCCUAUGCAAGUUCCUGCCAAUAAUACCGUAUACAGUAGAAAAAACACAUUUGCCAUAACAGUUGCUCUAUCCUCGGACGGUAAACGCGCCUCAGCAGAGGGAGACAUAUUCUUCGACGACGGUGAAGCAAUAGAUUCAUACAAAAGUGGCAAUUAUGGCUUUGCUAAAUUUAUUGCUACCGAGAGAGGAUUGAAACUUCGCGUGGGACGAAUAUUCUCAUCAACAGAAGAUACAUUUGCUGUUGGUGAGAUCCGUGUUCUUGGAAUCAGAGAAAAGAUCACUGUAGCGUAUAUAAACGGCAGCUUACAACAUCACGAUGUUCGCCACCAUCAAACAAAUAAUACUCUCAUCAUUUCAAAUCUAGCUCUCAGCAUGACCGAGGAAUUCAAUAUUGAAUGGUUUACUGAACGUAAGUUAGAAACAUAUGAGAUGGAAAGGAUAAGCUGUUAUCCAGACCUGGAUAACACAGCAUCGUCUGAGAGUGCGGCAGACGUGUGUCGGCUACGAGGCUGCAUAUGGAAUAACACAUUCCACAAAAACAUUCCACCAUGCUACAUCAACAAGACCAGUCACGGAUACAUAAAUAACGGCACGCGAAGCUACUUCGAUGAAAAUAACAUGGUACUUAAAUGGAAAAACAAGACGAAGUUAUUUGGAGGUAAUAUACCGUAUGUGGAAUUCGUAGUACAAAACAUAUCUGAAAACAUUCUGAGACUGAAAUACAUGGACUUGGAAUACAGAAGGUAUGAAGUUCCUAUUACAGUCAAUCGAACAAUAUCAAGAAAGAAACAAGACGACGAUUAUCGUGUAGAAUAUGGGGAGAACAAUCAUGGAACAUUCUUCGUAAAAGUUAUACGACAAAGUACUAAUACGGUAAUUUGGGAUACGUCUCUAGGAGGGUUCACUUUCGCCGAACAGUUCUUGCAGAUGGUUGUCAAGUUACCCUCAAAAAACAUGUAUGGAUUUGGUGAGAAUAGACAUUUUUCAUUCCAGCAUGACUUUGAAUUCAAACGUUGGCCAAUGUUUUCCCGCGAUAAUGGCGUGAAUUGGGGUGAUUAUGCAAACCUUUAUGGCGUGCAUCCAUUCUAUCUAAACAUCGAAGAUUCUAGUGGAAACGCUCAUGGAGUUUUACUGCUUAACAGUAAUGCUAUGGAAAUAGAACUGAAUCCUCUACCUUCUCUAACCUACAGAACAAUCGGGGGCAUCCUAGACUUUUAUAUCUUUCUAGGGCCGACACCGGAACAGGUAAUUCAGCAGUACACUAGUGUUAUUGGUCACCCGUAUUUACCUCCCUACUGGUCUCUUGGGUUCCAACUUUGCCAAUAUGGGUAUAAUAAUCUUCAGGCAAUGAAAGCGGCCGUAGACAGAACAAAAUCGGCUGAUAUUCCCCAUGAUGUACAAUAUGCCGACAUAGAUCAUAUGCAAGAAAGGAGGGACUUCACAAUAGAUCAAGCCAAUUUUGGUGGUCUUCAGGAGUAUUUCAAGGAGUUACAAAGCAAUGGCAUGCGUACCAUUAUCAUACUGGAUCCAGCAUUGAUUACAAAUGUCACCGAUUAUCUCCCUUAUAUAAAGGGAGUUGAGAAGGACAUUUUUAUUCAGUGGCCUAAUGCAACGUCGAGUCCAGAUUACCACGAAUUCAAUCGAACGGAUAUGCUAGGUUAUGUAUGGCCUCAAGGUAAAGUUGUAUUCCCAGACUUUCUGAACCCUGAAACACGGGACUAUUGGCGGGAUUUAAUCGUGAACCAUCAUAAAAACCUGUCGUUUGAUGGUCUGUGGAUAGACAUGAACGAGCCGGCUAACUUUGGUACAAACGAGGAGCAUCCAUGGAAUUGGGACGAGAACGUGAAACCGUACUGGUCGUUGAAAUGUCCAACUUCUCGAUGGGACGAUCCUCCAUAUAAACCGAAAGCGAUAUUCGGACCUCGACUGUCAGAGAAAACAUUGUGUAUGGUGGCAGUACAGGACAACCACAGAUAUUUGCAUUACGACGUUCACAGUUUGUACGGCUGGAGUCAGACAGAGCCCACUCUUCAUGCUCUUAGAGAAUCAACUGGGGAAAGGGGAAUUGUCAUUUCGCGAUCAACGUAUCCGUCCAGUGGUCGUUAUGCGGGGCAUUGGCUUGGUGACAAUGACAGCGCAUGGUCAGACCUUCAUGAUUCUGUUAUAGGUAUACUGGAGUUUAAUCUCUUUGGUAUCCCAUAUAUUGGAGCAGAUAUCUGUGGGUUCUUUGGAAAUUCAACAUCGGAGCUAUGUGAACGCUGGAUGCAGCUUGGCGCCUUCUAUACAUUCUCUAGGAAUCACAACACCAUUAAUACAUCACCCCAAGACCCGGCGUACUUUGGUCCCGGAGUGGCAGCCUCCUCGCGACGGGCACUUGUGGUGCGCUACACGUUGCUUCCUUACCUUUAUACGUUAUUUUACCACGCGCAUGUCCACGGGGGUACCGUCAUUCGGUCUUUAGCGCACAAUUUUCCGAGUGAUCCAACCACUUGGUCCAUUGAUACACAGUUUAUGUGGGGACAGGCCUUCAUGAUUACUCCAGUUCUGCAUCAAGGCAGAACAGAGUUAGACGUUUAUUUUCCCGUUGGUCGUUGGUUUGACUAUUAUACUGGUGAAGAGAUGAAUGUCUCCUCUUCGUUCAAAGUUGUACCAGCACCUCAUGAUGUCAUUCCAUUGUUUGUAUAUGGAGGACGCAUAUUGCCCACACAGCUCUCAGCAAACACUACUGCAUAUAGUAGGCGAAACCCAAUGAGUUUACUCGUAGUGUUAAAUGAAAACGGAUCAGCCGAAGGAAAUUUAUUUUGGGAUGACGGAAAAUCUAUUGACACUGUUGAAAAUCAUCAAUAUUACCUCUUGUCCUUCUCAUUCAAAUCAAAUAAUCUCUCUAUGACAGUUGAUCAAAAGCCGCUAAAUGCAGACACCUUUGCUGACACUCUUUUUAUCAAGAAUGUUACAAUUUACGGCGGAAACGUGUGGAACACUAUUAGUGUAAACAGUAGGCCUCAUAGUGAUUUCCUUAGGGAUGAUCUUCUGAAUGUAUGCUAUGUUACAAAUUUGAAUUUAGCUGUGAAGGAUACCUUUUUAAUUUCAUUCCAAUGACAUUGAUAUCACCUGCAUAAUUUGAUAAAGUUACAUAAUGAUUGUGUUUAGUUCAUCGAUAAUAUCCAUGAUUUCAAUUAAUAUUGACUAAAAUUCUGAUAUGUCUGUAUAUAGUAUCACAUGAAACAGAAUGGUCUUCCUACGAUGUAUGAUAAAGUAUUCUGUAUAUAAAGAGCACUAAAACGUGUUUCAUUAAUCAUGAUCACUUUCUGUAAAGUGUUUGCUUGUGUUGAGUUUAUUUACAUUUACACUUGUUCAGAUAUAGAAAACAUCUAGGUUAUAAUUAGUAUAAUUUCCCAAAAUUUGAUGGCGUUUGAAUAUAGGAGUUUCACAAAAUGCAAUAUCUAUUAAUUUCAUAGCUGAAAUCCACGUUUGGGGAUUUUGAACAAAUCUCACUAUACAGAUUAAAAAAGAUAACCGAUCGUUGCUAUUUGAUGUAUUUGAUGAUGAUUAGAAAUACACAAAACGUUAAAAUAAAGAGCCUGUGACGUCAUCCACGUGAUAUCAUUCCAAAUUAUUAGUUAUGAUCCGCCAAUCAUAUCACAUAUGGUUGUUAGGGUUGACAAAAUAAUUACCUACGUUUGAUAUCUAUUUUUACACUAAUAUGCUUGUCCAUGAGCUGAACCAAAACGUGUGUGCAUGAUACAUAUCAUUUGUUAACAGUUCAUGAACUCUGAUCUUGAGAUUCACUUAUAGGAGAGGGAGGAUAACAGUUGCUUCAUAGUUAAUAUCUCUGAUUUUCUGUCACAUUAAUGAUAAGAAAUUCUUAAUAUUCUUGAUAAAUACAGUCAAAUGUCCGACAGCCUAUAAUGCUUCGCCGUAACCUGCAUGUCACGUUUUAAAUCGUUUAAAUAGUAACACCAUUCAGAAAAAUGCAAAUGUACCCGAAGUUAUUUUGAAACCCAAUAUUAAAAACUAAUGAAAUCGGUUGAAUUUUGGGACUACUGCACCUUCCCAUCAAGGUAGCCUCCUUACGACAGGCCCUUCGCAUCCGUUGAGUCCUUGAAGGAUGAAGCUGCUGUUUGGUCAUUUUUUUUCCAUUUUUGCCUCCAACUAAAUAAGAUAAUAGUGAUAUCCAUUGUGUUAAAAGUAAAGUAAUAGAGCUCUCUAACUUCAGGUAGAAGAGUUUUUAUAGAGAUGUCUAGCCAUGUAGAUUGGUUAUAGUAAGUAAGGAUUACACGAUAUGUAUAAUUCCUUCAUAUUCAAAUAAGUGUACUAACAUUGAUUUGUGUAAUUGGAAUCACAUGUACCUAGCUAGGAAUACGGUUAGCAUUGUUCCAGUAUUUACAUACAUAACUACAAUGUAACGAUUAAAUACAUACUCAAUAAAUCCAAAGCAGUUAGUAUAGAAAUCCGAGUGUCGCUGCUAGAUUUAUGUUAGACUGUUAAUCCGCUGGCAUUAAUCUGAUUUUGUGUACUUUACCUUAUGUGGCAAUGACCGGAUUUUUGUAAAGUAAAAGUAAAUUGGUACCACAAACAUACAGUGGACAGAUAUAUGUGUAGCUGCCGACAACUUCAUAGAGUAGGAGAGACAAUGGAAUCACACGGGCAUCGCGACAAGUUGAGGUACUCCAGUGAACAACGGCCGUGCUAACAAAAACCCAAGGAUGUGGACUAUCUACAAAGGAAUAGCAGAAAUGGAUUUUAUCAGUAAGCAGAACAGUCGUAACGAUUUCCUGUUGUGAAAAUGUGUUUUUUUAUUUGUAAGUGAAAGAGGAGAAAGAAUACUGAUUGAACAAUGGCUAACCCGACAAUUGUGAUACAGUCUCCAAAUGAGCACACAAGAUGGAUGAAAGUGAAAGCAAAUCUUCUGAGAAGUCCAAUGAUGGUGUCUAGCUUACGACAUUCAAAUACAGACAAAAACACGCAAAACGUUAACAAAUGGAAAAGGGUAUCGUCUGCAGUACUUGCAGCUUCGCGCGGAAACACUACUCUGAAUGAUACCGGAAGUAGGGAAUCAUCUAUGGGCCCUUUGGGGAUUUCAAAGCGUCCAUCCAUUUGUAAUUCAACACACUCUUUGUGUUCCAAUAAUUCAAACCAGAGUAACAACUCCCGUUUCUCUGUACGGCGUGGAAAUACAAAACGAACCGGAAGUGGGGCUUACCCGAAGAAAAAGGUCAAUUUAUUGCCUGGGCGGAUGGUUGUUAAAGCAUGGGAAGAACCAGGCAUGAUGGGGCAUGGACAAACAGAGGACACAGUUGUUGCUGAAAUCGCUGGGAAAAGACGAAAUAUUGUAGGACUAGAACUAAUACAUAGGUUAUUUCAAAUAUGGCAGCCGCAACUGGCCAAGUCUUGGAGACCUCCUGCGAAGCCAGAAACGCCGCCAUUGAUGAUACGAUAUCGCACCAGAUCACCUAGGUGUAGACCGCCUACUCCAAAACACGAGUAAAUAUAUUCAUUGAUGUAGUUAUAGGACAGUUUCACCACUCAUCAAGCCGUAUUUUAUCCCUAAACAUGGAUUAUGGAAUAUCAAUAAGUGCGUCUACGUUCACCAGGGGCUUUGAUAACAGUGUUUUACACGUUCUUCUCUAUAGAUUAGCAAACACGGUCGUUGGGGUUAAUCAAAAUCCUCUUACGUAAUCUUUUGAACAUGUCUUUAAAACCAAUGUUUAUAUGUUUAUUUCCUUAAAUAUGGAUAUAAAUGUACAUUGACGAUUGUGUACAUGUGUUAAGAGCUUAUUUAUAGUGCGCCUUUGUUUGAGCUGCGGUGCCAUUAUGUAAACAAACGGAAAAGUGUUUCGGAUCAUAAAUCCACCAAGUAGGUAAUACUACCAACAAUGCAUUUGUCUAAAUCAAUAAUUUCUUUGUAGUUUUUUUUUUUUAUGGUUUGGACGGCGAUGAAAUAGCCUUUUAUAAGUCUUAAAUAAGCUUUUACGUUUCUUAGAUAAGAUUGAUUUACAUUUUCAAUUGAACUAAACAUCGUUUGAUAUCUCAGCACUUGAGGUUAAGGUGUUAGAUAGAAGAAAUAGAGGGUGAUGAUCAAUUUCCUAAUUUUCAAUUUUGGGUUUAGGAUAUUUUUUAAAGAAUAUAUCAACACAUGUAGAUAUUCUGAGCAGAUAACAUUGCUCAAAUUUGUCAUGCAGGACAAUGACCAACCUCGGGGUCUCAAAGGCUAUAAACAGGACUAAUAGACCAGCAACCUCAAAGAAUUCAUAUUGCAGCUGAUCAAAAUGGCAUGUCUAAUCUUGAUUUCUUGUCAACCUAAACUUAUAAAAGGUUGAAUAUGUUCGUGGUGACCAUACUACCCAUUUUCAAAUUGAGAAAACGCGAUAUCCGAAUGGCUAUCGAAAUUAUAAUUUGUAUUAAUAGCAUUUUAACUUUUUUUUUUAUAUGAAAGAUACUAAGGAUGAAAUAAAAUGUGUAAUGAA